UGACAUAGAUACUGACAUUGACAGAUCUUACAUUCCUGUCCUGUCUAACCUAUGCCAUUUGAUAAGAGAUUUAUUGGAAUAACAAGAAGUUAAUUUGGGUAAAAAAAUAAUAAACAGUUUGCACCGUUUUCAAAUAUGAAGAAUGGAUGAGUUCGGAAAGCACUCGGCCUCGUAUCAACUCGAUCAAGAAAUAUUAGACGCACGUGGUAUCAAUAUGAAGGUAGAAGAAGUUGCUGGUCUUUCGACAUGCAAGUACUCCGCCAGAGUGCAAGCUCUGCACCUCAGCGAUGAUGACCUCGCCUUCCUCAAAGGUCUUCGGAGACGGAUCAAGAAUAGAUUAGCAUCACAGAACAGUCGUCGACGCAGUAUAGAACACUUGCGUAGAUUGGCCAGAGAAUUAAGAGCGGUUAAAGCUUGUAGAGAGGACGUAUUAUCUGAACGAAGAAGUUUGCUAGCUCAGAGAGAUGUUGUACGAACACAUUGUUUGAGGUUAAGAAGACAUCUUGUACAGGUAUUAAAAGAAAGAUCAGAUACAACAUCAGUACCUCAAGAAGAAUUAGAAGAAUGGAAGAAAGAAGAAUCUCAAAUUAUCAAACCGUCCAAUACUAGGAACAACGAGAUCAAAUGUAACUUUAAAAAUAGAAUAGAAAACUUCGAAGAAGAUAUAGAGAAGAAUAUAUUGAAUGAAGAUAAAAUAUAUACAAAAAGUGAUAUACUGGAAAAAGAAUUCAAUGAUAUCAAAAUAUUCGAAUGUCGUAUUGAUAAAUUGGUACAGCAAAGUGUGAAUCAUAUAUUUAAAGAAGAGAAGAAGAAGAUUUGUGCCAAGACUAUAUUUAUAACGGAUAAUAUUCUCGAAGAGAAGAAUGAUGGCGUUUUGAAUUUAUCUGUUAAAGAAGGUAGAAGAAAGAGUCACGGAAGGAAACAGUCGGCUCCGAGAAGAAUUGCUUACGUUUAUGAUGGAAAUGAUGGUGUACUUGAUUUAAAGAUAAAGAAAGAGCCACAGUGAUAGAAAAGACACACAAUAUAGUAUAUAAGAUGUUAUUUACAAACAUAUGUAAAG